UGGUGGGGUCACCACAACAUGAGGAAUUAUAGUAAAGGUUAGCAUUAGGAAGGUUGAGAACCAUUGGUCCACAUCACAUUCCUCCUCACAGAAGAGUUCUUUUGACUGGGUGUGUUGCACACCUUUAGUCCCUGCACUUGGGAGGGGAAGACUGAAGCUGAUGGAACUCUCUGAGUUUGAGGCCAGCAUAGUCUACAUAACAAGUUCCAGGGGAUGUACAAAUACCUGGAGAGGUGUUUUUCAGACUUCAAGCAGCGAGGCUUUGUUGUUGGGUAUGACACUCGGGGUCAAGUAACUAGCAGCUGCAGCAGCCACAGGCUUGCUAAACUCACUGCUGCAGUGUUGCUUGCUAAAGGUGUUCCUGUUUACCUUUUCUCAAGAUAUGUCCCUACACCUUUCGUACCAUAUGCAGUCCAGGAGCUCAAAGCAGUUGCAGGUGUGAUGAUUACUGCAUCUCACAACCGCAAAGAGGACAAUGGAUACAAGGUUUAUUGGGAAACUGGUGCUCAAAUCACAUCUCCACAUGAUAAAGAAAUUCUGAAAUGUAUCGAAGAAUGUGUGGAACCCUGGAAUGGUUCCUGGAACGAUAAUUUAGUGGACACCAGCCCUCUGAAGAAAGAUCCUCUCCAGGACAUUUGCAAGAGAUACAUGGAAGAUCUGAAAAAGAUCUGUUUUCACAGGGACUUAAAUUCAAAGACCACCUUGAAAUUUGUGCAUACCUCCUUUCAUGGAGUUGGACAUGACUAUGUGCAAUUGGCUUUUCAAGUAUUUGGUUUUAAGCCUCCAAUUCCGGUCCCAGAACAGAAAGAUCCAGAUCCAGAGUUCUCUACUGUUAAAUGUCCAAACCCUGAAGAAGGGGAAUCUGUGCUGGAACUCUCUCUGAGAUUGGCAGAGAAAGAGAAUGCCCGGAUAGUGCUAGCCACAGAUCCUGAUGCAGACCGGCUGGCAGUGGCAGAACUUCAGGAGAACGGCCAUUGGAAAGUUUUUACAGGGAAUGAGUUGGCAGCUUUGUUUGGAUGGUGGAUGUUUGAUUGCUGGAAAGAAAACAAAUCAAAUGCUGAUGUGAAGAACGUGUACAUGCUAGCCACCACUGUCUCUUCUAAAAUUUUAAAGGCGAUUGCACUUAAAGAAGGAUUUCAUUUUGAGGAAACAUUACCAGGCUUUAAAUGGAUUGGAAGUAGGAUAAAAGAUCUCCUAGGGCAUGGGAAAGAAGUCCUUUUUGCAUUUGAAGAGUCUAUUGGUUUUCUGUGUGGAACCUCAGUGUUGGAUAAAGAUGGAGUGAGUGCCGCUGUUGUUGUUGCUGAGAUGGCCUCUUUCCUGGAAACCAGGAAGGUAACCCUGACAGAGCAGCUGUCGAAAGUUUAUGAGAAAUACGGUUAUCACAUGUCAAAAACUUCCUAUUUCUUGUGUUAUGACCCACCUACCAUCAAAACUAUAUUUGAAAGGAUUCGAAAUUUUGAGUCUCCAAAGGAAUACCCAAAAUUUUGUGGGGCAUUUGCUAUCUUGCACGUACGGGACAUAACCACUGGAUAUGACAGCAGCCAGCCCAAUAAGAAAUCAGUACUGCCUGUGAGUAAAAACAGCCAAAUGAUUACGUUUACUUUUCAAAAUGGCUGUGUUGCUACUCUUCGAACAAGUGGGACAGAACCAAAGAUAAAGUAUUACGCAGAGAUGUGUGCAUCACCUGGCCAGAGUGACACUGCCUUACUGGAAGAAGAAUUAAAGAAGCUCAUUGACGCUCUGAUAGAGAAUUUUCUUGAGCCCAGUAAGAAUGGACUGAUCUGGCGUUCUGUGUAGGCUAGGGCACAUCAGUACAUUAUGACUUUGCACUGACAUGGAAUGAAGAACUCUACACAGUGAACCUCGUGUUGGAAUUCUCCAUCUGCCAAGUUAGCUUUCCCCUUUUCUUUCCUCUGUUCAGCUGGUUAAAUAGACUAUAUACAUUUGAAAUGAAAAUGUUUGGAGGGAUAGGAGUCAAAUGUUUUCAUAAUCUUAAAUGACAGUCAGUCAUUACAGUGAAAGUGUUAACAGCGGCACGCCAUUCCUCCUAUAUCUGAAACAAUACAAAAGUGAGUUUUCUUAUUAAACUGUGGUUAAGCUUAGUUACAUAUCUUGUAAUUGUGUAUAGCAUGGUUUAAAAGAAACAUUAUAUAACUAUAGGGUUAGUUAAGGAAAUUAAUUCUUAAAGAUGUGUGUGUUUGCUGUGGGUACUGUUCCUUACCCAUUGUGGAAAAGUGUCGUUGUCAUGAUGUAGAUAUUGAUUUUUCAAGUUAGAAACCCAGCUUGGUGGCACAUUCCUGUAACUACAGCCCUCAGGAGGCUGAGGCAGGAGGAUCAUUAGUUAAUGGCCAGCCUGGGCUACACAGUAAGACUCUAUCUCAAAAAAAUAAUAGAUCAUUUAGGUUUUCUGAUUUAGGACAGAUACUACAGCCUGUGAUUUUGCACCUGUUUCAGGUGCCCUUGUUGUGAUGUAUAUUUACUGUAUGUAUUUAAGACUGGUAUUUACUGAACAUAAAACAAUAGUGGCAGCACUCCUAGUGGCUUUGUUCUUGUCACAUUUCUCAGUGCAUUCUCAGGGUCUGGUGUGAACUAAACAGUGUUCCUGCAUUGGAUAUAAUUUUAUCGGUCCGUUUUCAGAUGGCUAAGCGAAAUCUUGCAAGCUACAUAGGUGCUUCCUCUAUAGAAAAGGUUUGUUGGCGCUAAAAAAGGUUGUAGAAAAGAUCUUAAUAAAAUCUGGCCUAAUAUGCAUUUCUAUAGACAAUAUAAACAUGACAUUGGGGCUGGUGAGGUGGCUCUAUGGGUGCACGCACCUGUCACCAAACUUGACAACUUGAGUUCAAUCCCUGGGAUUUACAUAGUGAAAGGAGAGAGGAAACCAACUCCCAUAAAUUGUCCUUUGACUUUUAUAUAUUGUAUGUGUUCCCUGCCCCUAAAUAAAAUGCAAGCAAUUUAAAAAAAAAACAAAAACAAAAAACAAAAACCUGGCUUAAUGUAACUGUAGUUGGGUCUUCAUGCUAGGAUUCAGCUAUCAUAGCCUAUAAGUGAAAAAAAAAUAAAAAAUCUGUGCUGUGGAAUGAUCGUGGUAUUUAACUGGCAGUUUUUUUGAAUUACAUUUUUAUAAGUAAGAUUUAUUCUUUUAUCUGAUAAAGUAAUGGUAAUUUUACUAAGAAAUGAAACAUCGACAUUUAUUUUUUACCACCUUGAUUCAAUAGCCAGUCUCAUUUGAUCUCAGAAGAUAAACAAGGUUAAACAUGGUUGGUGCUUGGUGGGAAAUUGUAGGUAUUAGGAAACACUGACAGUGAUGUUUAAGACUAAGGUCAGUUUAUUUUAGUGUGUUGCUGGCUUUGGAAUUCCUGAUAAUAUAAAUACUCUUCAUCCUUUUCAGUGUGAAAACAGUUUUCAGGAAAGUCAUUUGUGGUUGAUUGUCUAGCCUUCUGAAAUGCCCUAAUGAGAAAUAUUGUCUAAGCUUUUCAAAUUGGCAUCUCCCUACAUAGUUUACUAAAUACAUACUAUAGUGAGGAAAACAGUAACAAGGCCUUGGGGUGUAAUUGUUUAAACAAAGUUGACUAUAGGAGACAGCACUGAUACUAAUUUGUUUCCUAAAAAUAAUAAUGUAAAGCCUAAACUGAUUAGUAUGUUAAAUCAUGAUUUGGUUUGUCACAGCUUUGAGCUAAUUCUGGUUGUGUAAUCCAAACAUAGUUUUCAAAUUACGUUGCCACUAUUGUUAAUUUGUUCCUUCCUUGCUGUCUUAGAGCUGGGUCCUAUAUGACUGUAGAUAAUAUCUAGUUAAUGUACAGUGCCAUUCUUCUGUAUGGGUUUAUUUUAAAGGCUUUGCUCUAGAGAAGGAAUAUAUAGAAUGUUUUCUUUUAUUCUUAAGAUUAUAAAACAUUUUUGUUCUAUUGUAAUUUAGGAACUGGCAUGUAUUCUGCAAAGUGGUAUAGUCAAAGCUAUAUAUGGGGAAACAUGCAUAUUCAGUUUUAGUGUCUAUGUUCCAGUGACCCAAGAACAAAAUGAAACUAAAAUGAUGUGACAGCCUAUUCAUAAUCACAAAAGUCAUGAUUGUCAUCCACUUAUGAAGAAAACAUUUCUGUUUGAAUGCUUGUGCCACAUACAUAUAAGAUACACAUCUUAAAGUGAAGUUACUGACAUUUGAGAUCUUACCUUGAAAAGCUAAAUUCCAGUUAUGUAUAAAGGUUCCCAAAGUGUAUAGGCUGAGCAAACGAUCUGAAUAUGUCUGGGCAUGUUUAACAUGAGCUUGACUCCGUGGGUGCCUAGGUGCUAACAGGAAAGGGGUCUCAGCUUUGGCACUGCAUUGUUCAUCUCUUUUUUCAGCAAUAGUAUGGGAAUGAAUGUAUUUUCUUUGAGCAAAUAAGUCAAAACGGGUAUUUUUCUGGAGCGUUGAGGAAAAGAAUUAGGCUGAGACAGAGCCCAGUGGUUAAAGCACUUAUCUAGCAUGCAGAUAAAGCAAAGAUAGUUGCAAAGCUUGCAGUUGAUCUCUGGCAAUGCAAGGAAGUGGGGAGGUUAUUAUUGAUGGAGAAAAAUCAAAGAGUAACGUGGAAAUUACAGUAGAGACCAACAAACGAUAUAUAAAAGCCAGUAAUGGCAGCAUGAGAAAUGCUUCUUGUGAAGCACAAACCAAGUGCUAAUAAAGGUGGGGUAAACUGUAUUCAGGGGUGUUCACUUGUAUUUGUUAGGGUGGGCAGACAGCGAGCCUACCGUUUUCCUUUAGUGUAGUGAUCACUGAGAAGUAGCUCAGUUCUGGGAGGGGAGGAAAAAGCAUUCUUAGUAUGGAUUCCUGUCCUACUUGGAUGUUUUUUCAGAAUCGCAUAAAAACCAGAGAAGAUAAAGAACAAAAGUAAAAGAAAUAAAACUAAGGAUUGUAAACUAAAACCUCUAAGAAAAAGUUCAAGGAAUUGAGAUCGUUGAACUCUGAAACUGAAAGCUGUUGAGCUCAUUAACUAAAUCAUGUUACUCAUUGGGGGUUUUAUGGAAGGUGUCAAAAUAAGAAACACUAAUGGGAUCUGUAGUGAAGACACCACAGGGAAUAAGGACGUAAAAGGAAUAGACAAGACCUGUUCUUAAAACAAGAAGACAGAGUGGGUAGAAGGGGACUAGUUGAAAAGAAGGGAGUCAGGAGGAGUUAGGGGAGGGUUAAGAGAAGGGUAAUGGGGUGACUGUGAUCAUAAUACAUUUUAUUCACAUAUGUAAUUGUGAAAUUAAUGAAUAGACCAUGUGAAAUGUUUACAAGGUAAGAAUUUUGGGGGGGUGAUCAUAAAAACCUGUCUGAAACCUUAUUUAAAGAUCCCUACAUACACACUUUAAAGAAUGUAAAGAAUCAGGUUGGAACAAGACUUCUAUAUAAAGCACUAAUGGUGACUUUUGUGUUUUACUUCAUGUCUAGAGUUUGGCUCACAAAUAGCUUGUGUGUAUUUUGAAUGGUAAGUGCAUGAGUGCAGUGAUGGGUGUUCUUUUUGAUUAACAAACUGUAUGAGACUUGAACACACUCACAUUCAUCUGGGAGAACACACUGUUUUGUGAGAUAAUUGAGAUCUAUUGCAAAUAUAAAGUAUAUUUGAAUGUAGUAACUUAAGACAGAUUCUAAGAGAUUGGAUACUUUGUGGCAUCUGCAUAUAGCAAGUAGGCCUCCCAUUUCUUCAUCAAGAUGCUUCUGGAGUUGAUGCAACAGAAACAUUAAGUGGGAGUCUUCUAGAGAAGUUCAACAAAUGCUGCUACUGCUUCUGUUUCCAGAAUUUUCUGCUGGUAUUUCCAAAGCUUGCAAAAUACAAAUUCCACUUGAAUACAUUUAAUUUUGCACCUUUCUUGCUCUACCUCCCUCUUCCCUAGGCAUCUUUCUACCUUCUCUUACUGUGAAACACUACUACCCUCUUACCUCACUGAUAAAGAAUGUUAACUGUUCAUUCAGAUGGCUUUAAACUUGGCCGUGAAAUGUUUAUAAACUGUUUUUAUUGUUGUCAGAAUAUUUGAGAUGUGUAUUGUAUGAAACAACUACAAUGUCUUUCAACGCCUGCUUUUGGUUUCCUAUAGAUGAUAUUGCUGUGGCCUUUUACAAGGCUUUUGUUUUCUGAAUUUGUUCUACAAAGUGAUGACGUAACAGUUAUGCCAUCCAAAGUGGUAAAUUGGUUUAGCAUUUUAUUGGGGGUGGGUUUCCCUGACUUUGGUCAGUUAGAGCACAAAAAUUCAAGGAAAUAUUUUUCCACAUUUGUCCAAAGCAUUUUAUUAUGAGCUGAAAGAAAUCUGAAGAGAGAACUUGUGUGUAAUCCCAGCCCUGGAGAGACUAAGGCAGGAGAAUUGCUGUGAGUUCAAAAUUAGCUUAGGCUGCAUAGAGAGAUCCAGACCAAAAAAAAAAAAAAGAAAGAAAGAAAGAAAGAAAGAAAAAGAAAAACUAAAGUAGAAGAGAGUGGCACAUUGUCUGACUCUUUAUAGAGCAUUGGUUUUACUACCAAUCAUAAAGCAAAAUUAGUGUUGAUUAUUAUUUUUUACUAUUCACCCAAUUAGUACACCCAACAAACCAUCUCCCCUGUGUUAAUUGAAGGCUGUCUACACUUUAAAAAGAGAAUCUAUAAAACUAAAAGGCCAAGUCUUAGUCAAGUGACCAGAGUUUGCUUCCUAAAUUUCUGUUAGUAGAACCCUGAAUUAGAGAAACGUGAAAAGGUUGGGUAAUAGGGCCUUGAGAGCAAAACCCCAAGAAGCCUACCACUGACAUGAGAGUCCAUGUUCUGUUUCUAAAUCAAGAGAGAAUUCUGAAUUCUCUACAAUAAAGUAUAAUAUAAAGAUGAACUUUACACAGGAGGCUGGAGAUGUAGCUCAGUGGUGGAGAGCUUGCCUGAUAGGCCAAAGGUCCUAGAUACAAUACCCCCAGCACCAUAACAAAUAAAUAAAUAAAUAAAUAAAUAAAUAAAUAAAUAAAUAGGAAAAUGUCAGAAAGGAACACAAGUUUAUCAUAUGCCCUAAAUUCCCAGCUCCAGCCUAGUUUCCCACCUGCAAUUGUUGCUUUUUCCUGGAAGGGCACACAGUGACCUUAUUAUAAUAAAUACACAUUCUAGGAUAUUCUCUGCCUUUCUGACCUAUACUUCCAAAGUAUUCAUGGCUGGUUAAUUGACCUGCAAUGACUAUGUUACCCUUGAACCUUACAAUAUUGUCUGAUGUAUUAGCCAGUUGAUUCUGUUUAGUUCACUGACACUCCUUAACACACCUGUCAGCUGCCUGAGAGCAAAGGUCAUGCUUUAUCAUUUUUAAUAUCUACUCUGUUUAAUUCAGCAUCUCCUCUUACGCAGUAUUUAACUGGUGAUAAUAACAAUUAAAAGGUUUUAUUUUAAAGUUAAAGAAAGUUUAAAAGAUAAUACUCAUUACUGAAAUAUGCAGUAAGUGAUGUUUAUUAAGCAUGCACACCCAUAAAUAUUCAGUGUCUUAGUUUCUGUCGUUGUGAUAAAAACCAUGACCAAAAGCAACUUGGGAAGAAAAGGGUUUAUUUCAUCUCAGAGUUUCUAUAUCCAUCAGUGAGGGAAGUCAGAGCAGGAACUUAAGGCAAGAGCCUGGGUGGAACUGAAGCAGAGACCAUGGAAGAUUGCUGCUUACUGGCUUGCUCUCUGUGGCUUGCCUGCUUUUGAUAACAUCCAGGAGCACCAGCCCAGAGCCCCUACAUCAGUCACCAAAAUGCCCCACAGGCCAAGCUGUAGGGGCAUUUUCUCAGUUGAGGUUCCAUCUUCUAAAAGGACUCGUUUGUGUCACGUUGGCAUAAACCUAGGCUGCACACUCAGUUUCUUUGGGAAGUGCAAAGAUCUUUCCAUGUGAAAACUAUAAUAUAUAGUAUUUGCUCACAAAACAAGGUUUUGGCCAAGAAGGCUAAGAAUGUAUGUGUCUUAUGUAAUUUGAAUCUCACUGAUCUCGAUACCAUUUUUUUUUGAACCCAUAACCCCACCUUUCAAGUGAGUCCACAUCUGAUUUGAUACUACUUGAUGCAAUAUUAGGAUGUAUCGUGUGUUAUUAGAGUCACUCAGGCAAAAAAAGGGAGGGGUAUCUGCAGCUAUAUAUGGUGAGACCUUGUUAUCGGCUACAAUAAGCUCUUGGUGUAUGUACAUCAUUGAAUAUGACAGGUAAAACACAAUAAGAAUGGAUUAAAUUUCUGAUAGUAGCUCAGAAUCAUGCCUUUGUUUUAACAGUUUCUGUCAACAUCCCAUCUUCCCCUGGAAAAAUAGUGGGGCAUAUUGUUAGCCUGUGAGAAUUUGCACUUUAUGUAUUUGAUUGUGGAUUUCUGUGGUUUUCACCAAAUGAGAUAUCCUCAGUAAUAAACAGGUCUCUUCAUAGGCA